CGUUCGUGAAAAAAAUGUUGGCAAGGCAGAGAGCAAGGGACUUGAGAUGACAUUCUCGCAUCACUAGAGGCAUUGCUACAGAGCGGUUGCUAUAGCUGCCGAGAAGGAGGGUUAACACAUACACACACACACACACACAGUGGUGAGGGGCUGAAACCACUCUCGGCAGAAUAUUCAAAUAAAAACUCAGCUGUCUUCAUGAUAAUGAGGACUUCGGAGAGCCUGAAUGAAGCUGAGUGGAAGAAACUGUGCGUCAAGGGGAUCGGCACAAUAAAGAGGCUGAAACGGAAGAACCGGGAGGUUAUCAGGCACGCCGAGAUAUUAGAGAAAGUUCCCCGAUGUGAGGAGGAAAAGCUGCGGGAUCCUUUGAUCGCCCGACUGAGCGACAGCAACGCCACUUUCCAGCCAACAGCCGCCACUUCCAGCAGCCGGGGCUCCGGUGCUGAGGUUGUGGAUCUGCGCAGGAUUGCGAGCACUGUGAGUGUGCCUGUCGGAGGGGGAAGGGGAGGGGGGGAUGAGGCUCUCAGCCCCAAGUCGGCAGCUCCGGGUCGGAGGAAAUUCGGCCGCCCUCCCCCGUCCCAAGUGGGCGCCUUUGAGCCCCAGGCGUUCGCGGAGCAGCCGAGCCUCCAGCCCCGCCUGGUGCUGUGCCAGCGCUCCUCGGACGGCUCCUACUCGACCAUCUCGCAGGCAGCUUACAGCCCAUCGCCCAGGAAACGGCCGGGAGACACCUCCAGCGUCUCCACCGAGAUCAAAGCCAUUCAGCAGACCAGGAGACUGCUGGCGAAUGCCAGGGAAAGGACCAGGGUCCACACCAUCAGUGCAGCCUUCGAAGCUCUGAGAAAACAGGUUCCUUGCUAUUCGUAUGGACAGAAGCUGUCGAAGUUGGCGAUCCUGAGGAUAGCGUGUAAUUACAUCCUGUCCUUGGCCAGGCUGGCUGACCUCGAUUACAGCUCCGAUCACAGCAACAUGAGCUUCUCCGAGUGUGUGGAGCAAUGCACCAAGACAUUGCAGGCAGAAGGCCGAUCAAAAAAGAGGAAGGAGUGAUCCAGGGAAGGAGCGACAUUUCACAGGAACAUCACACAGUGAGCUGGUGUCUAGCCAACACUGACAGGGGGAAGCAGACGUAUAAGAAAUUGAAGACAAGAUAUAGGAUUGCAGGAGAUGUUACGCAGAAGAGAGGUUGAUCCAAAAGAAAUGAUGUUGAUCGUUUUGGGAAGAAAAAGAAGCCACUUUUCUUGUGAAUACACUAUCAGCCUUUAAGAACAGUCAGAUUACCAGAUGUGCAAUCUGUUCAGCACUUUCUCCGUUUGCUUGGUGAAGGUAGAUGUUGGUUUUGAGCCAUCACUGACAGUGCAGAUAACAGGAUAAAAGAGGAAUCAUGCAAUUUAACAUUGAUAGUUUUGUUUUUAAAGUUAGGACAAUUAAAGUCAAACCUCUGAGACUGAAUUAGCUAUAAACACAUGUUGGCCCACUGGGUACAAUGUAAUGCAUUGUGCUUUUGUGGCUGGUUAACAAGAAUUUAUAAUGCUUUAGAGGAGUUUAUAACAAUCAUCUGUGUACCAGGAUUAAUUGCAUAUUUUUGAUACUGUAAAUCUGAAUAACUUGCUGUAAAAGAGUCAGUUAAAUUUGACGAUUCAAGCUAAACCUAAUGCUAACAAUUCUAGUAAUUUCAAAACUCCAGUAUUUUUGGUCAGUUGGUUAUAGUGCUGAUGACCCCACAUGUGAUCUCAUGUGUAUUUUCAGCUUGUUUUCUGAUUGUGUGCUGGCAAGGUCUCCUGCUGAUAGCAAAUUGCAGCAGGGACUCUGGCUGUCUCCUUAGAAACAAGUGGUCAGACAAUCAGAAAGCCUACUGAUAUGACAUGCACUUUAUGAUCUAUGUAAUCACACUGUCCUUUGUAUUAUUGUGGGGUCAUAUUAAUCACUAGUAUUAAUGUACAAAUGUUUAUAAAGGUAUUUGAGACAUUG